AUGGAUUUGGAGGAAAACUCCUUUCAUAAGUUCGUCGUGGGUGACUUCAAUGCGAAAAUCGGAAUGCCAGAAGAAGUGGAGCACAGGAUCGGGAGAUUUGGAUCAGGACUCCGGAAUGAGAAUGAUAACCUUCUUGUUGGGCUUUUAUCCGCCGAACGACUUUCUCAUACCAACUCACUUUUAGGAAGAACACCGGCGGUGGACAUGGGAGUCACCCAACGUACGACUCUUGCGGAGCGAAGCGAAGGCGGUGCUUGUUACCCGUCUCAGUGGUACCAUAGUUCAGCAGUAGUUCGGAUCAUCGCCUCCUUCGAGCAAAAGUGCGAUUCAGCCGAAAGCUGGAAGAGAAGAUUUGUCACCGUGUAG